GUCGUAGUCAUCCUUCAUGGUUCAGGGAGCUUCGCAAAGAAACGCUACCAGCAAGCUUGCAAUAGCUCUCGUGACUGAAUACUUCCCUCUUUAUCCGCUGCCUCACACUUGCCAAAAUCAUUAUCAACUUUGUACAAGCUUGAGCAUACUAACUAAGUUGUCUUGGCCAUCGCCCAACAUGUCCAACUUUACUUCCACACUCCACCCUUACUAUCCGCUCGGCAUCGCCAUUCCAGACUACAAGGCCAACACCAUUUCGACGCGGGAAAUCUUUGCUAUUUUCGCCACCGCUUGUUCGGGAGCCUUGCUGCUAGCAUUAUUCUUCAUCCGGGCCGUGCGACCCCAAAUAUCGACCGGCGAACUGUCCAGAGCGUUAUGGUUCAUGCUAUGCGGAAGCAUCCAUCUAGUGCUUGAAGGACACUUUGCUCUCAACCACGUCGCCGGCAGCAACGCCGUGCUCUCCCAGCUCUGGAAAGAAUACUCCCUCUCCGACUCGCGCUACCUGACCCGGGACGCCUUCAUGGUGUGCAUGGAGACCAUCACGGCCUUUGCGUGGGGCCCGCUCUCGUUCCUGCUGGUGUACCUGAUCGCCACCGCGCACCCGGCCCAGCACUUUGUGCAGACGGUCGUCAGCCUCGGCCAGCUGUACGGCGACGUGCUGUACUACGCCACCUUUUUUCACGAGGAGCUGCUCCGCGGCAUCGAGUUCUCCCGGCCCGAGGGCUACUACUUUUACGGCUACAUGGUCCUGAUGAACGCGUUUUGGAUCGUGAUCCCGGGCCUGCUCCUGGCGCAAUCGGGUUUGGCGACGGUGCAGGCCUUUGCGAGGGCGGGCAAGAUGGCCAAGAGGGACUAAAUUAGAAGCUGAUUUGUUGGAAGUUUGAUGACUGCUGAAUUACGAAUAGAACCCUGUGUAAGGAUCGCACAUGCACGUAAUUAUUUUGGUAGGGGAUCGGGUUGCUUGCCCCUGUUUAAGGAGAUAGGGAGCUCCUUGUACUACAGCCAGCAUACCUUUUUUCUUAGGAAAAAAGAAGGAUGUUAAUUAUAGCUAAUACAAAUCUCCCCGUUGGGAAGUCUUGCCAGCUAAUAGCAUAUAUUGACGGUGUUUCG